AUGGGAAAUUGUAGUUGUCGCUCAAAUAUAAAUAAUCAACUUGAAAGUGGUGAAGAACAUGAGACGCAAGACCAGCUCUCUACCACGGAAAAGAGAAAUAGACCUUCUUCAAAGAAACCUGUAUUACCUACAUUACCAAUACCCGGAUUUAAUGAAGAUGAAAAUUUACGAUAUCCUCUUUAUGAUAAUGAUGACAUAAUCUCGCAUUCACAAUUACUACAUAAUAUACACAGAUAUAUAUGGCAAAAUAAUUUUAGUUCCCCUGUAGACGAUUUAUUAAGAAAAGGACGUGCGAGAGUAUUAGAAAUCGGUUGUGGUGAUGGAAUUUGGACUAUUGAUUUGGCAAAAGAAUUUACUUGGAGUCGUUUCACUGGUGUUGAUGCUCAUCAAAAGUUUGACCAAAGAGUUGAACAUACAAACGUCACUUUCUUAAAAGCUGACGUUUUGGAUGGUUUACCUUUUGACCCUGAUACUUUCGAUCUAGUCUUUAUGAGAUUCUUAUCUUUUAGUGAAAAGCAAUGGCUGGAAAAAGUCGCCAAUGAGAUAAUUAGAGUUUGUAAACCUGGUGGUUGGGUUGAAAUAAUGGACUGUACUAACCAAUACGCUCCAAAAGGUCCUGCCACAAGCCAAUUGGAGAUGGAUUACCUACGAAGUACAAACAAAAUAACUGUGAUACGAAGAGAAGAAAAAAGGAUCACUUUAGGAAAAGGUGGUGGAAAAGUUGGUCCUCUUUUAGUACAGAAUAUCAUUACAACCUGGGAGCAAUCAAAAAAGUCACUGUCUGAACUCAUGGGUGUCUCUGAGAAAGAAUUUGAUAACCUUACUCGAACAUUUCAAAAAGAAAUCAAUGAUCUAAAAACUUCUACAAGAUACAUAAGAAUAUACGGUCAAAAAGUGAUUGAAUAA